UUGAAGUAACGAGUGAUGCUUAUCAAACUACCUUUCUUGAUGCAUCAACAAUACCAUCGACGACAGUAGAUGAUUUGACAACGGUAGAGGAGCUAACAUCAAUAGAUAUCACAAGUAAUGAUUUAACGAGUGAAGUUGAGCUAACAACACUAAUUGAUAUAACAACAAUACCCUCGACAACAGUUGGUGAUUUCACAACAGCAGAGGAGCUAACGUCAAUAGAUAUCACAGCUGAUGAAGUAACAAGUGAAUCUGAGCGAACUAUAUUUGUUGAUGCAACAACCAUACCGUCGACAAUACUAUAUGAUUUGACAACAUUAGAGGAGAUAACAUCCAUUGCUAUCACAACCGCUGAAGUAACGAGUGAUGCUAAUCAAACUACCUUUCUUGAUGAAUCAACGAGACCAUCGACGACAGUAGAUGAUUUGACAACGGUAGUGGAGCUAACAUCAAUAGAUAUCACAACUAAUGAGUUAACGAGUGAAUUUGAGCUAACAACACUAAUUGAUAUAACAACAAUACCAUCGACAACAGUUGGUGAUUUGAUAACAGCAGAGGAGGUAACAUCAAUAGAUAUCACAGCUGAUGAAGUAACAA